AUGGUCACUGGAUGUAUGCCAAGAAUAGAAUUUCAAAUGUGGAUUGACUUUGGGUUUUGUUCUUGUAAAGUAUGUAAUGACUACUUAGGAGAAUCAGAAGAAAGAAAGUUAAGUGAUUUGUAUCAGGAACUUAUCAUUCAAAAGGACUGUCAAGAAAACAGGAUAGAAGUUUGUGGAUAUAAACAACCAAUCAAGUCUGUCUACUACCUCAAACAAUAUGUGCUGAGUGAAUUUUUAAGUCUCGAACUUUCUGUGAAUGUAGAUUAUGGAUUUAUGAAUUGUCGUACAGAUGAGAUUAAAAAGCUCCGAAAUAUGUAUAAGAAAUUAUUCGAAACUCUUCAAUUUGAUCCUCAGGAUUUACACGAGGCCUGUAUGGCAGGAAAAAUCUUCAAUUAUAUCAGAUCAAUUCUUCCUAACGAAGUGGUAAAUGCUAAUCUUUUAAAAAACCCGUAUCCAUUGCGUGAUUAUUAG